UCAUGGGGCCCCCAGGCAAUAGGGGAUCAUGGGGCCCCUGUGUCCUUGCCCACACUCAAAAAAGCCUAUGAAAAAGGUACCAGGGGCAUCUCAUGGGGCCCCCUACUGACCCCGGGCCCUCGGGCAGUGCUCGAGUUUCCAAAUGGUCAGUCUACCCCUGGUUACUUUCUUGGAGCAGUGUCAUAAUGUAUACUUUUCACUAGAAUCAGGAACAUGUUACAUGUUCCACCCUAAAAACAGGUGGAACAUGUAAAAUGUUCCUAAAGGUGGAUUUAUCCUUUGAGAAACUGUGUCUUCAU